AUGCAUCCGAACCUUGUAGCCAAUUAUUUCCUUGCUGAUGUGCAGACGCAUCCGCCACCACAGCCGGAACGAGGCAUAAUGGAAGAAUCGCCGUACCACAUAAGCCAUACUACUCCUCCUGAUGCACCGCUCGCUGUGGAAUCACUCAAGAAAGCCGCAACAGCCAAGUCCUCUAAGGCAACGAAGGCAUCGUAG